CAGUAAAAAAAAAUAUUGAAAAAUUUGAAGGUUUAAAAUGAUCACUUUUUCAGGAUGUGUGUGUGUGUGUGUGUUUGUGAAUAAAAAAAAAAAAAAGAAGAAAUGCACACUACACUACCUGUGCGUGUUUGCGUGUGAUAUCGAUCCACAAAAAACAUUAUCGAUGAGAGUUGAUUGGAAUCAGAGAACAUUGAUAUAAAAUCAUUGCAAACAACCCUUGAAUUAUUAAAUUUUUUCAUACUUGAAUCGAUAUAUUUGUGUGUUCGAAAAUGAAAAUGUUUGGAUAUGGAUCGAAUCCGAUGAAUACAAAAUUUUUACAUCAUAUGAUUAUUGUAUUUAUGAUAAUUUCAUUCAAUUCAUCGAAUCAUCAAACUCAAGCAGCUUGUAUUUCGAAUGAAACCAAAUCAAAAUGUUCAAUGAAAUAUGCACAACAAAUUGAUCUUUAUGCAUCACGUUUAGCAAACGUUGGUAAACGUGGCCGUUUUCUACCGACAAACAAUGCUGAAUUGGAACAAUUUUGCAAUGAAACAAAAAAUAUGACAAUUUCAAUGGAAAAUUUUAUGAAACAAUGCUGUGAACGUGAACUAGGACAUGUAGCAAAAAUCUAUCUAUAUAGUUUAAGAAAAAAUUCAAAAUUACUUUGUUCCAAACGUAAUAAUAAACGUUUAACAAUGAUAACAAAACUAUUUGCCACCGCUCCUUGUAUUAAUCGACGAAUACGUGAUUUUCAAUGUUUGGCCAUAUUUAAAAAUCAAACUAAACAUAUAAUGCAAUAUCGUGAUGAUAAGGAAAAAAUUCGUCGUGGUUGUUGUCAUUAUGGUGAUUGGAUUGAAUGCGAAGAGAAAUUCAUCAAUGAUUUACCAUGUAUCAAUAAUGAUCAACAACGUGAAUUUGCUGUUGAUCUAUUACGAUCAUCACGUGGUGAUACACAAAGAUUUUUAUGUGGCGAUUUUGAUGACACAUCCGAUCAAUGUAAUCAUUUAAAAAAAUUGGAUCCAUUAUUAUUUGAUACAAAAAUGCGUAUGGAUUCACGGCUACAAUCAUUAGUGUUUAUUGGUCUUCAUCUACUUGAAACAAUUGGAAAGAAUACUAAAUAAUCUAUAUUAUACUUAAUGAUCAUACCAUGACCAUAUAUAUUAUAUAUAUAUUUUUUUAGUCAUUAUUAAGAAAAACAAAAAUUGAAAUUAAAAUCAAAAUUUUUUUU